AUGGCGAGAAGUUCAAUUCUUCGCUCCCAAGUUCUGCGCCAAGCACUUGGCAGCAACAAGCUUAGCCCAGCAGUAUCUUGUAAUCUUAGUUCUGAAACCCUUCUCCUCCAUCUUGUCCAAUCCCCCACCGCCACAGGAUUUCGCUUUUCGAAGCUUCCAUUCCUGCUAUCCCGACCCUUUUCGUCUUCCUCAGGUCCAUCCAACAUUCUUCUUAUUAAGUCGGAAAAUGAAUUCAAUAGUAUGCUUGGCAAGGUUCAAGAUGAAUCUUUGCCGGCGGUUUUCUAUUUCACUGCAGUCUGGUGUGGACCUUGCAGGUUCAUAUCUCCUCUCAUUGAAGAGUUUAGUGAGAAAUACCCUCACGUGAAGACAUAUAAGAUUGACAUUGACCAGGAAGGACUUGGAAGCGUAUUGAGCAAGUUACAAAUUACCUCUGUGCCAACGCUCCAUUUUUUUAAAAAGGGGAUAAAGGCUGCUGAAGUAAUUGGCGCUGAUGUGGCUCGCUUGAAGGAUACGAUGGAGAAACUCUACAAGACUGACUGAGGAUACCAGAGGGAAUGGAUGGCAGAGGAUGUAUAAUUUGAUGUCUUAAUAACCUUUUAAAGUAAAUUCAAGAAAUUAAUGAGAUCGCUCGGGGUAAUAUUAUAAAAGAAAAAAAAAAAUGUACUUGGUCGGUCAGGUUCACUUGUGUUUUUGGCCAAUGAGGCAAGUUCGUGUAGUAAUCGUUUUAUCAGUAGAAUGUUGCAUAAGAAUUUCGUCU